AUGUGCAAGGCAUCUGUGCUAAAAGAGCAGUGUGUCAUCUUUACUCUUACUAAUGGUCCAGAGAAGCCAUUUGUUCAAAUUUUACCAAGGCAUAAGAAACGUGACGGUGCUGGAAAGAAGGCUACAACCUUCGCCAAUAGAAUUUGGCUAGAUUAUGGUGAUGCAGCUGCCAUUAACAAAGGUGAGGAAGUAACCCUAAUGGACUGGGGGAAUGCUAUCAUUGAAGAGAUCAAGAUGGACAGUGGAGUAAUUACUGAAUUAGUUGGAGAACUACGUCUUGAGGGCUCUGUGAAGACAACAAAAUUGAAGAUCACAUGGCUAGCAGAUGUAGAGGAGCUAGUCCCCCUCACAUUGGUUGAAUGCGAUUAUCUUAUCAACAAGAAAAAGAUAUGCAGCAAAACUGCAUUUUUGUUCACAAAGUUCCUUUCCCCUCAAUUCCUGCUUAAUGUUGGAGUAAUGCUGCAAGAAAAUUUAUGUUGA